CUCGCAAAGAUCGAAAGCGUAUGAUCGGAGCUCUUUUCAAUGGACCUCUCAGCAGCCUGAAAAGCAUCGUGCAUUUUUAGAGCAAUAAUUCGGCAUGUCGCCGGAACAGGGGGCUGGUUUGCAAAAAUGAAAGCCGUCCAGCUUCUCAUCACUUGGAGUCCCACUUUCACACCACGAGCGAAAUUCCUAAAACUCUUCGCCAAAAUUUGUCAAGAUUGCAAGUCUUGUCAUCCAACCUGCCUAAUGUCGACCUCGCAGCACACAUUCAUGCAUCCCGCGCGCUUAGCUAGGAUGGCGCCAUCCCACUCUCCAUCUGCCCCUGUGAAGCGCGAACCGGAUCCCACUGACCAGGAUGCAGAACUUGAAGUGGAGGCACAGCGCCAACAAGAUUUACACUUUUGUGAUCAAGCUAGAUACACUGAAGCUGCCGAAAAGGCUACAGUGGACGGCAUCUUCUACCAGGAAUUCUUCCACAGGCGCCUAGGUAUUCCGGACACUCCGUUUGACACAGAUGCACAGGGCCGUCGCCUGUAUCAUGCGUGUGACCCAGCUCUAUACUACAGAGCUAUUGACGAGGCAAGCUUCGAGGGCGCCAUCUCCACAGGAUUCUUCAACAACAUUGUUGCGCACAUCACCUACCGUAUCGUCCCAGGACCUCUACGCCAGGCAACCCACGCUACGCACGGUCAGGCAUCCUCGCCCUCCCGCUGCGAUCGCAAACUGUCGACCCAGGCCCCUUCCCCUGCACCAGGUCGUCCUUCUCAACUCACACAGUCUCAAGACGACCAGGAUAACCAUGAGUGCCCUCAAUCGCCUGUCGUCUUGUCGAUCGAGCCCCGUGGGAACACUCAGAACCUUACCCGCUCUCCUGAUGCUCAGGCCAACUACAAUCACGCCCCUCUUUCACUUCGGCAGUCAACAGAGCCACGAGAAAUGUACUCUCGCGCCGGCUCAUUCCGAGUCUGCACUCCCCAGCCUCCACAGCCCUCAGAGUUCACACAACACUCUCGACCUGCUCGUCCCUCACGCCCCCGUCGCGGCUCACACACUCCUCGUCUCCCCCAAAUUUCUCCAUCUGACGCGCUUCAGCCUGGUCGAGCCCUGAGCGAUCUUGCUCCUCGUGCACAGCAGAAGCUUAGCCCUGGUAACGGACCAUGUCUUGACCCGGCCCUCGCAGGGCCUUCUCGAUCCCACUUUACUCAGAGAAACCAACCUCGAUCUGAAGACGCUCAAGAUGGUAGUCGCGCACCUCAGCACCCUGGCAUUGGUGCCAGCUUUGGCUCCGACUCUGGUUCCGAGCCACUCGGCCUAGAAGUAAUUCCUGCUGCACGUCCUGCUCGACUCGGUGGCUCAUCAAACCAGGAUGUUCACUCUCCCUACAGCCGCAGAAGCCGCAGUCCAGACGUCGCCAUGAGCCUCGCUCUGACUGACCGCAAUGGCUACAGAUCUCGCAGCCCGCUCGACUACGGUGAUGCAGAGACUCCUGCAAGCAACAGCUGCAGGGGCAGAGAACAUCACCACCUUCCUGAGGUCAAUGACCACGAAGCAUCAGGUGCAGCACCUCCUAUGCACGACCACGUCGGACUAUCAAAUUCUGAGCUACAGAAGACGAAGAACCAGCAUAUCGUUUGCGUCCAGUGCUGGGUCAAAGACCUCUCAUGCGAUCACAGCUGGCCAUGUCAUUCGUGCGUCAGUAAAGGCAAGGUCUGUGCCUAUGUCUUGUGCCCUCUCUACGACUGUUCGCUUAACACCAAGUGCCCGGCAUACCAUGUAUUCCCAGGGCUCGCAAGAGAGCCUGACGAGAAGGUCGGCUCUUCGAUGCACCUCGUGGCAUUGCUGAAUCUUAAGUGCGACUUCAUUCGUUCUUACGACUUGCGCCAGAUUCGAGAGCUCCACGAUGACACGAAAUCUGCACAGCACAUUUAUCUGAUGCUCCAGAAAGAGAUCGACGACAUUGUCCAGCAAAAGAAGGGAUUCGGCGACUCGGCUGCCAGAAAGCUGCUCAGAGAUUCGGAAAAAGUGCCUGACAUAGAUGGACCGUCGUUGAGCUUCAAGGCUUGCAUGAUUGCUAAGCUGGUUCAACAGAAGAAGUAAGCACUUUCUCUUGUUUUUGAGCACGUUGCUGACCCUUGACAGGAGACAACCUUACACUGAAUUGUGGAAGUACGACCACAGACAGCGCAAAUUCGCAGCUACCCGCAGAAACUCAGGCCUGGCAAGAGAUCAUCCAAGA